UUUGCAGAUCGCAGAGUCGGUUAUUGCUUCUUGCAAACGAUCGGUGGCCGAUGCACUGCGAGAACUUCCGAUCUAAAGACAGUUACUAAAGCGGAUUGCUGUUGCACAAUGGGCGCAGCCUGGGGACCACACUGCGAGAUUUGCCCUUCGAAAGACUCGGACAAUUACAAUGAACUUUGCUUAGACAAAGGUUUCUCCGUGGAUGGACAAGACAUCGACGAGUGCAGAACAAUUCCCGACUUGUGUAAAAAUGGGUUGUGCAUCAAUACCCUCGGUUCUUAUCGAUGCGUCUGUAACAAGGGCUACAAGGCUGAUAAAACUGGGACCCAAUGCGUCGGUAUGCAUUCGACUUUAUAA